AUAGUUUCGUGAUUAUUUACAUGGGCGUGAUUAUAGAAGAGAGCUGACAAUAUUAAUUAUUUUAUUAUAUAUAAAUAAUACACAAUAUUAUUUUCGACCAUUUGGAUUUCUAACCGUGUCGGUUAGUUAGUACAGCACACAUGAUUUCAUACAAAUACCUAAAACGCAGUCAUUUAUUAAACAUUCAUUGCAGGUUCAGGAUUAUCCUGUGAACAAGCUAAAUUAAGAGUUUGUCUAGCAAAACAAAGUGCAAUUUGCUGUAUCUUGGUAAAAGGCUUAUCAUGGAUUUUGAUUCCUCCAAUCUUUCUUUGGAUUGCUUGAUUCUUAUUUUCUCAUACUUCGAUGAAGAUGAUUUAAUAAGAGCUUCCGGGGUCUGUAAGUUUUGGCAUGAAGCUGCGGUAACGCCAUGGUUGUGGAGACAGAUGAGUCUACAGCGGUGGACUUUCUGCAAUGUGACACGCUCAGAGUGUGGCAAAGGAAGCUGGAAGACCUACUACUUACAGCGGUCCCGGUUAGAGCACAACAUGGAGACCGGGCGGUCAGGGGCCGACUACACCUGCCGGAGCCUGAGAGGGCACACUGGGAGUGUAGUUGGUUUGGUUUACCUGGUGGGAAGUGAGGCUGAUGUUUCGGGCUCUGCGUCGGUGGUCUGCAGCGCGUCCACGGACGGGACGGUCCGGGCUUGGGACGUCCAGCAGGGGGUCCAGCUGUGGGCCACGCCUGCUCAGAGCCCUCUGUGUGAAAUCACCCUGGAUCCCAAACUGGGGACCCUGUUCACCUCGGACACCACCGGGAGGGUGUCGGCCUGGGACGGGCUCUCCGGGAGGGAAGUGGCCACCUUCUCCACCUCCUCCUCCGGAUGCAGGCUGCUGGCCUACAGCACAGAGGGGCGCUCUGUCCUCGUGGCUGGAACUGGCAGGGGUUCCCUCUACACUCUGACGAGCCCUUCCCUGUCGCAAUUGUCACAUCAUGUGGUAUUCGAUACCUUCAAAAUCGACCUCCUGAGUUCAUCUCCCGACAGAAAAUGGCUUUUAGCUGGGAUACAGGGGAGCGCCGAUACAAGCCCAAAGGUGUUCUUCAGUGAAAGUCUGAGCUGUCCCUCUGAGGAUGACUCUCCACUGUGCCAGUCUCUGCCCAUCUCCGGCUGCUGUGCUGCUGCCUUUCUUCCAUCGGAACCAGCCAGACUGGUUCUGAUCCACAAUACCCACAACCGGAGCAACAAUGCCCUCUCCGUCUUCAGCAUCUCCCUGAAAAAAUCCAAAUAUCAAGCGGACAUUUUAGUUCAGCAGGUCGAGACGUUUCAGCUGGCAGUUGGGACAAGGCAGCCUGACGUCCUCCUCCAAACCCAAGGGAGUGACACUCUACUGGUUGCCACGGCGAACACACUGAGAGUUUACACCUUGAAAGGCGUUCUGCUCGCCAGUUUCGAGGACCACACUCAACCCAUUGCAGCACUUUGUGCAGACAGUUUCCGCGUGGUGACCGCCUCUCGUGACCUCUCCCUGAGAGUGCUCACGUGGAAGAAGGAGACAAAUACACAGCGAGCUCUACACAGCAAGUUCCAUCUGCUGGGGGGGUCUCACACCAUGUCCAGAGGAUUCACAAAAGUGGCUUGUGAUUAUGUCAGCAUCGUGGCUUCAGUGCAGUCCGUGAACGGAAACGACGUUCUGAAGGCAUACUCAUUCAACUCCUGAGGUUACCGCAGGCCAUCCCCGUGUUUCUGAUGGAAGGAAAGGCAGCUCUGGUUUGACAUUUGCUGCGUUUUCUGGAAAAGUAAUCCACAAAAAAUGUGAUCAUAUCAUCAACGUACUGACAUGCAGUUUAGUCCAAAUAAAAUGAAUCCUACAUUCCUGUGGUGACAGGUAUAAGCAUUUAGCCUAAAGUGCUUUAAAAUAAAUAAUACAGAAAUGCAUCCCUAAUUGCAGCAAUCUCACUGAAUUAAAUUAUCAGUGAUUUGUGUUUCCUUAGUAUCCUGCUAAGCAAAUAAGCACAUGUUAGCAGAUUAGACAUUGCCUCUAAGGCAUAUUUAUUCAAGCCAAAUCUGGUGCAUCAACAGGAAUGGGAAAUAAACUAAUAUUCAACUGUC